AGGCAGGAAUCUGAGCGUUUUCUCCUCAGAGAGUAAAACUUAUUACAUCUCUUCCAGAGUUUUAUUCUUUUCAAGGGGGAAAAAGGUUGAAAGAAAGACGAAAUGAAUCCUUAAGAUCUGGAAGUGAUUGCAAGAACUUGAGAAGUUGCAAUGGAUGGUGUGGUUCAGUUGCAGAAGCAGUUAGUUGACUAUUCAGCCUCACUCUUUGAUGAGGGAAUUCUGGAUGAGCAGUUUAACCAGCUUCAGCAGCUGCAAGAUGAGAGCAACCCGGAUUUUGUGGUUGAAGUUGUGUCUCUGUUCUUUGAGGAUUCUGAGAGGCUUCUCAACGAACUGGGAAAAGCCCUGGAACAGCAAACUGUCGAUUUUAAAAAGGUGGAUGCACAUGUUCACCAGUUGAAGGGUAGCAGCUCCAGUAUUGGCGCACAGAGGGUUCAAAAACUCUGCAUUGGCUUCAGAAAUUACUGCGAGGAGCUGAAUACUGAAGGGUGUCUUAAAUGUCUGCAACAAGUAAAGCAUGAGUAUUCUCUUGUGAAAACCAAGCUUGAAACUCUGUUCAAGCUUGAGCGACAACUUAUUGCUGCCGGUGGUUCAAUUCCUACGUAGUGAGAUCAAGUAAAGCUAUCUGAGGAAGAGACCAUAAUGGGGUUUUCGAUUUUGUAAAAAAUUUCUUUAAUUUCUUUCUUCUAUUAGUCUGUCUAAGUUGCUGAAGGAUUCUAUGAACUUUAUAGAGCUAGAGCAUGUUUCAUAUUCACUCUAAGAGCAAUGAUAAAGAAUGUGAAGAAAUCCUUCUUCUUUUGUCUCCA